UUGGAGCAGUAAUCAAGGCGAGUUUGAAUCCUUGUUGGCGUGUCCAUCAUUUGUAAUUUUAAAUGUGGUGAGCGGCGACAAAAAAUCAUUGGAAGUUACACGCGCCAAACACGGCAAGUCCUUUUCGAAGUGCAUCCUGCCUGCCUUGAAGUCGAGAUGAAUUGAAUUGAGAAGAUAUUGGAUGGAAGGUGCACCUUGGUGUUGUAGCGUAGUCACGUGGCCGAGCUCAUCCGCGCAUUACCUAUCAAUGAGGCCUGCUAACAACCUGCUCUUCACGGCCUGUCCUUGUCUCGCAUGAACCGCAACCUUUUCUCCUUUUUUCAACGUAUCGGAUUCAAAGUAACCUCUUCCCCGGGGUAGGCUAUCAUCUCGUGUGGUCAAUCCUAAGCGCCACGGGAAACGUAGAUAAUUAUGGGACGACACGCCCGAGGAACGAAAUGAGAGAAGAGGAAAUAUCAAGCAACUUGCGCAUGACCUACAACGUUUGUCGCCCAACCUGUUCGCAUUUAACUACCCCCAGAAGAAUUCUUGAUACCACCUCACAGGCUGGUUCUUGUGCCCUGGCGCAACAACUCGGCAGCCAUAGCUAGAAAUGGCAACAGACGCGGAUGUUGAUAUGGGAUGUGCCCCAACAGCCUCCGAUGACAUUCUAAAUGUUCCCCCAAGCGGGACGAAAAGAAACGCCGAUGGGCAGCCCAUUGAAAAUUUACCCGCAAAAAGUGAUGCGCCUCGCAGAAUCAGGGCACUUGACCCAAACGUGGUGAACAAAAUUGCUGCUGGUGAAAUUAUUGUGGCUCCCGUUCACGCUCUCAAGGAGCUCAUCGAGAAUGCGGUUGAUGCUGGGGCGACCUCUCUGGACGUCCUCGCCAAGGACGGAGGGCUCAAGCUGCUCCAGAUAACGGACAAUGGUUGUGGUAUCCAGAAAGAAGACUUGGCCAUUCUUUGUGAGCGUCACACCACAUCUAAAAUCACCAGCUUUGAAGAUCUGGCAGCCAUUGCGACAUAUGGCUUCAGGGGCGAGGCUCUUGCCAGUAUCAGCCACAUCGCCCAUCUCUCCGUGACUACCAAGACGAAAGAUUCAGACCUGGCAUGGAGGGCCCAUUACCUUGAUGGGAAGCUUGCUCCGGCAAAGCCUGGCCAGUCGGCAGAGCCCAAAGGUGUUGCAGGUCGUCCUGGGACACAAAUCACAGUGGAAGACCUUUUCUAUAAUAUCCCGACUCGAAGAAGAGCCUUUCGCUCGCCGGCUGAUGAGUUCAACAAGAUAAUCGAUAUGGUUGGUCGGUACGCUGUGCACUGCAAAGGCGUUGGAUUCACUUGCAAGAAGGCAGGCGAAGCCUCGACAAAUUUAUCAAUACAAGCUCAGGCUACAGUCAUUGAUCGCAUUCGUCAAAUCCACGGUAGUGCUGUGGCGAACGAGCUUUUGGAGUUCUCAGUCGCCGAAGACCGUUGGGGUUUCAAAGCUGAGGGUUUCACAACCAACGCAAAUUACUCUGUCAAAAAGACAACACUUCUGCUAUUCAUCAACCAUCGAUGUGUAGAAUCAACCCACAUAAAGAAGGCAAUUGAGCAAACAUAUGCUAAUUUCUUGCCUAAGAAUGGUCAUCCAUUCAUCUACCUUAGUCUUGAAAUCGAACCAGCUCGGGUGGAUGUCAACGUUCAUCCAACAAAGAGAGAGGUUCACUUUCUCAACGAAGAUGAGAUCAUUCAAUCUAUAUGUGAGCAUAUCGAGUCUAAACUUGCUGCAGUGGAUACAAGCCGGACAUUCAUGACACAGACACUUCUUCCUGGUGCAAAAGUGAUCGAUUCCACCCCACAAACAGACAGUGACGGCACACCGGGUCGAAGAACUCCAGCAUCAAAGAAGCGAAGAUACUCGAAUGACCUAGUGAGGACGGAUACAACUGAGCGGAAGAUUACAUCUAUGUUUGCCCGAGCUGGCCCAAGCGAGUCGACUGGCUCUAUGGACCACAUAGUGGAAACAACCACUGCCCCUGAAGCUCAUGAAUACGAGAUGGUUGACCGCGAACUGGUGCAAUGCCGACUGAACAGCGUAAAAAAGUUGAGAGACGAAGUCAGAGAAGAUACACACCACGAUCUAACCGAGAUAUUUUCCAACCAUACUUUCGUCGGUAUCGUGGAUGAACAAAGACGGCUGGCAGCAAUCCAAGGCGAUGUCAAACUGUAUCUGAUCGAUUACGGCCGAACUUGCUACGAGUAUUUCUACCAAUUGGCACUCACGGAUUUUGGUAAUUUUGGUGCCAUCAAAUUCAACCCCUCAUUGGACCUUCGCGAGCUGCUUCGAGGGGCAGCGGAAAUGGAGAGGAGCUCUAUAACCUCACCCGAGGAAGAUUUUGAAGUUGAAACCUUGGUAGACCGGGUAGCUGAUCAGCUCAUCGAGCGCCGCGAGAUGCUUCUUGAGUACUUCUCUCUCGAAAUAUCACCUGCUGGCGAGCUCGUUUCAUUACCAUUACUAUUGAAGGGGUAUACACCACCUCUCGUUAAACUCCCUCGUUUCCUCCUCCGUCUUGGCCCUAGUGUUGACUGGACUGAGGAGAAGGCCUGCUUUGACUCUUUCGUGCGCGAACUAGCCACCUUUUACGUUCCAGAACAAUUGCCAAGUUUGCCUGGUGAUGCAGACAGUAUUCGCGAGGAGCAUAUCCCAGAAGAGUUGCGGGCAAGGCGCCAGCAUAUCAGACACGCUAUUGAGCAUGUCUUCUUUCCGGCAUUUAAAGCUAGAUUGGUAGCGACCAAGUCGCUGAUGGAAGAUGGAGUUCUGGAGGUUGCAAAUUUGAAAGGCCUUUAUCGGGUUUUUGAACGGUGUUAAGAGAGGCCAGUUCGCUCUAGACGUGGGAUAUAGUGGUAUGUUAUUUCGGGACUGCUAAGAUUUUGAGAUCAACGGUUUCAGGGGCCUUGAUGCAAGGUGCUGGGACCAAUCUAAAGGCACCAAAGAUAAAUUCAGUACAAUAGUAGUUCAAAGAUUCACAUGGGACGUAUGGUAGGUACCAUGGGCAAAGAAAUGGGAGGUGAAUCAGAAACGGAUCAAAUUUCUAUAGACGUCCAGAAAAAUCAAGUGCUUUUAUUUAACCAAUUAUGCCUGGGGCUUGUUCUUUCGUUUGUAUGUCAAGAAACGAUUCAAGUUCAACACGGCCUCAUCGGCGCGCAGACGAAGCUCGCUGUUGGCACGCUUAUCAAUGCUCUUGAUCAUAGUUCGCACCUUGGGAACUGUCUCGUCAAGGUGCUUCAGGAAGUUGUUGUUCCAGAAAACCUCCUUGUCGUAUGAGUAACUUUCAUCAGCAUAGAUGUCAAAGACCUGGUUAAGAGCCUCAACAGCAUCGGCAGUUGGGGUCUCGGGAAGACCAGCAAGGAGAGUAAUCAGGAAAGUACCGAUAUCGUGGUUUCGGUCAAUAGGUGCGGGGUCGAGGGCCAGCUGGCCGAGAACACCGAUACACUUGACGCUGAGGGACUGGAAGGGAUCCUCUAAGUUCUGGGCAGCAGGUGAACCCUUUGUGGCCUGGUAGAGAGCGAUGAAGCGGCGGUGCUCAUCAGCGAAAGGUGUGUUGGGUCUGCCUCGCAGAGAGCGGGCAACACCCCAGGCAAGACUGGUGACAUGAGUCGCGAGAUCGAUGUCAGCAGUAUCAGUUGCGAGAAUAGGAGCGAUGACUUGGGUCCAGAGAGCGCGGCCGACGGGGUCCCAGGCAUUUUGAAUAGGUGCGUUGUGAAGGUCAGAGAAGUCGAUGAGGGAGACGGACCAGGCAAUGUUGUUGAGAGCGGAGAGGGCGUGGCCUUGCAGGCGAAGGGAAACGUCAUCGGUGGGGGAGAGGGAUGCUAUGCGGAUGAGCUCAGGAAGGGCGUUGUCAAUGAGAGUCUUGAGGAUGGGAAGAUCAUCGAUGUUGCUGUCUUCCUCGUUUCUGUCCGCACCGGUAACCAUCUCCAUGUCGGCUUCCAGCUCAUCGUCGUCCAUCUCGUCAUCAUCUUCCUCGCCUCCCUCCUCCUCGCCGUCAGAGAUCUCUUCGUCUGCAUCACCCAUCUCUUCAUCAUCCUUGACCUCGGGCUUCUCCUCCUUCUGGGGUUCGGCUUCAGCUGAUGUGUUCAAUGUUGUUCCAAUAGAAGCUAAAAUCUCAAGGGCGAGCUGCUGAUACUCGACGGGGUUGGCCCAGCCCACAGCAUCGGUCAUUUGGCCUGGCUCAAAUGUCUUGAGAGCCUGUGAAAGGGUGGGGAUGAGAAGUGAGUUGUCGGCUCCAAGAGCGAUGUCCUGACCGUCGAGAGAGGAAAAGAGGUUGUGGAGGACACCACAUGCAAGGACGCCAUCGCUGUUGGCGGUCUUGCGCAGGGACAGCAAAGUCCCAUAAGUGCGGUACUCCUUGGAGUUGACGACCUUGUCAGAUAGCUCUUCGUUAUCUUCACAGAGGAUCAUGAGACAAGCCAGAGCAUCACUUCUUAGUGAGACAAUAUCGGGGCUGCUGGCGAGCUCAUCUGAAGUGAGUAGCAAGAGGAAGCGAGUGAUGGUGGUGUUGCGGGAGAUGGCCUCAAGGAUAUCGUCUUGAGCUUCUGCGAGAGCAGUAAGGAGAGAAAUUAGUGACGAAGCAAUGCUGAGAAUUGUAGCUUGUUCGGGCUUUGACCGUUUUUGAAAUUCGAGGUCCUUGGAGAGGAGCAUCUCAGUCAUCUGUGAGUGUUAGUAUAUGAACCAUGUUGGAAGAGUAAAUACACUCACCGAUUUAGCAGCAAACUCGAUAGCAGUGAGAAUAUCAACACGAUAAAGAUGAACACAGAAAUCAGGCUCCUCCUCCUGCGCAAGGAUCCUCAGAAUACCCCAACCAGCAGCACGGCUCUCAAGAGCAGCAUCGGUGAGAGUCUGUGUAGUGAUGGUAUGAACAAUCUGCUCACGCAGAAGCAACUUUCGGCACUUCUCAUCUUGGAUAAUGUUUGAGAUGGCCGAAGCAGCAGCAGAGCGAGACUUAGGAUCGGCACUCUUGAGAUCGUUGAUGACUGGGAGAAUCUUUGACUCGCGAAGGGCAGCAAGUUCAGGGUCUGAAGGAGGCUUGACGGUCUUUGCGAUGGGGUCUUUACGGGCCGCGUGGCCACGGGCUCUUCGAGAUUUUCCCAUUGUAAUAUUAUCUGUUGUCAGAAAAUAAAAGAUAUUGCGCAAGUUUCACUGCGAGUUGAGAGGCGGCUAAAAAUUUACAUGAAUAUUCUGCGACGG